CUGCCGCCGGCCAUGAAGGCCAUGUUCCAGCCCGGCCCGCCGCUGCUCUUCCGCGAGAAGAUCAGCAAGCGGCGGCCGACGCCCUACACGGGCGUCGCCGCGUACCGCGACCUCUUCGAGACGACCGCGCCGCCGGAGCCGGAGAAGAACGAGACGCCGCGCGAGCGCCGCGCCAAGGUCAAGGCCGAGAAGGCCGAGGCGCACGACGCGCGGCUCGCGACGGCCGUCGCGGCCUGGGACCCGCAGAAGCCGCCGGACGCCGUCGCGCCGCUCACGACGGGCGACGCGUACAAGACCUUGUUCGUCGCGCGGCUGUCCUACGACACGACGGAGAAGAAGCUCCGGCGCGAGUUCGAGCAGUUCGGCGCCAUCAAGGCCCUGCGCGUCGUCCACGAGCGCGACCCGGACCACGAGCCCAUGGAGGGCGACGACGACGCGCUGCACGCGGGCACGCCGCGGGGCUACGCGUUCGUCGAGUUCGAGCGCGAGUCCGACAUGCGCGACGCCUACAAGCGCGCGGACGGCCGCAAGAUCGACGGCCGCCGCGUGCUCGUCGACGUCGAGCGCGGGCGCACCGUGCGCAACUGGCGGCCGCGCAAGCUCGGCGGCGGCCUCGGGUCCACGCGGAAGCGCGGCGCGGCGCCG